AGUGCAGAGAAGGAGCCACGUACUCGGGUGCAGUGAUAUCUCCCAACUUGGAAACCACUAAAAUCAUGCGAGUUCCCCACGCUGUGUCCGUGUCCGACUGUCUGGCAGCCUGUUGCGACCUCAGCGGUUGUGACUUGUCCUGGAUGUUUGAACGGCGCUGUUACAUUGUCAACUGUGAGUACAAGGAGAACUGUGAACCAAAGAAAAUUGAGACGGUUAAGUCCUACAUUACCUUUGUGCUGAGGCCCUCUCAGAGGCCGGCCUCGCUGCUGGGCUAUGGGCAAGUGAUCCCAAGCAUGGGCCACGCUGUGGGACUCCAGAACGAGCCCUCUGAGGAGGUGAGUAGCCUGAAGGAGCUGUCGCUACUUGGGAAAGAUCCCAGCCUUGAGGAGAUCCCAGAGUACAUAGAUGAUUACAAGGAGUUGGAGCAGGACCCCUUCCAGAUGGGCAUCAAACGUGAGCAGAAGGAGAGCGCAGAUUAUGCUGACUGGAGCUUGAUGGUGACGGGUGAAAAUGACUUCAACUCCUCCGUGGGUGACGAUGGAGAUAACCAGGAAGACUUGGCAGAAAAGGAGGGGGAAGCUGUGAUGGCAGAAAACGUCCUGAGUCAAAACAGUUCUGAACUGAGCCCUGCCACUGAGCACUCCCUGGAGAGGUUGUUGCCUAUCCCAGAGAUCACACCGUUCCCAGUGAAGACACUGGAAAGUGAAACAGCUGCUCAGCUGCUUGCACAGCCUGAGGAUGCUUUGCAAGAAGAGGUUCCUGUGCCUUCCCCUCCUUCAGACAGCUUGGGAUUCUCCUCAGCUGUAGGGCAGAAGAUGCAGGCUUCCACAGAGACCCCAGGGAGUCUCCCCGAGGAUGGGCCUGCACUGCUCCCCACUGGUAUUUUGCUCUCUGAGCCCAUACAGCAGUUCACACCUGCUGCUACUGUAGCUCAAGCAGAUGCAGUAAAAGAGCUUAUUGUGUCUGCUGGAGAUAACGUAGAGGUGACGCUCCCCAAAAAUGAGGUUGAACUGAACGCCUUUGUUGUCCCUCCACCAGCUACAGAAACAGCCUACAGCUAUGAGUGGAGCUUGAUCAGUCACCCUGCUGACUACGGCGGUGAAAUGGAGCGCAGGCACAGCCAGACCCUGAAGCUCUCUCACUUAACAGUGGGACUUUAUGCCUUCAAAGUGAUGGUUUCUGGUGAAAAUGCCUUUGGAGAAAGUUUUGUAAAUGUCACAGUCAAACCAGCGCUCAGAGUUAAUCAGCCGCCUGUUGCCAUUGCUUCACCCAAAGAGCAAGAAGUUUCUUUGCCUACAACUUCUACUUUCAUUGAUGGCAGUCAAAGCCUUGAUGAUAUGAAGAUAGUGAGUUACCACUGGGAGGAAAUUAAAGGUCCUUUGCGAGAAGAGAAGGCGUCUGCUGACACUCCUGUCUUGCACCUGUCAAACUUGGUUCCUGGCAACUACACUUUCAGACUCACAGUGAUCGAUUCAGAUGGAGCCACCAACUCCACCGUGGCCUCUCUGACCGUCAGCAAGCCGGUGGAUUAUCCCCCUGUAGCCAAUGCGGGACCCAAUCAGGCCGUCACCCUGCCCCAAAACUCCAUCACCUUGAAUGGAAACCAGAGCAGCGAUGAUCAUGAAAUUGUCAGCUAUGAAUGGUCACUCAGUCCCAAAAGCAAAGGCAAAGUUGUAGCAAUGCAGGGCGUGCGGACGCCCUACCUGCAGCUCUCGGCCAUGCGGGAGGGUGACUACACCUUCCAGCUGACGGUGACGGACUCGGCGCGGCAGCGCGCCACGGCCGAGGUGACGCUCAUCGUGCGGCCCGAAAAUAACAGUCCUCCAAUAGCAGUGGCUGGUCCUGAUAAGGAAUUGACCUUUCCAGUGGAAAGUACUACCCUGGAUGGAAGCAGAAGCCAAGAUGACCAAGGCAUUGUCUUCUAUCACUGGGAAAAUAUCAGUGGGCCGAGCUCGAUACGGAUGGAAAACGGUGACAAAGCAGUAGCAACAGUGACUGGUCUUCAGGUUGGUACCUAUCGCUUCAGGCUGACGGUGAAAGAUCAGCAGGGAUUAAGCAGUGCCUCAGUGCUCUCUGUUACUGUCAAGGAAGAAACCAACAGUCCACCUCGGGCGCAUGCUGGUGGAAAGCAUGUUCUGGUGCUCCCCAAUAACUCUGUUACCUUGGAUGGCUCAAGGUCUGCUGAUGACCAGGGGAUUGUGUCAUACCUGUGGAUUCGGGAUGGUCAGAGCCCGGCAGCUGGGGAGGUGCUACAUGGCUCAGACCACGAGGCAGUCCUGCAGCUCACCAACCUGGUGGAAGGAACCUACACGUUUCACUUGAAAGUGACAGAUGCCAAAGGAGAUUCGGAUAUUGACACUGCUACUGUUGAAGUGCGGCCUGAUCCCAAGAGAAGUGGCCUGGUGGAGCUGAUUCUGCAAGUCGGAGUGGGGCAGCUGAGUGAGCAGCAGAAGGACACGCUGGUGAGGCAGCUGGCCGUCCUGCUCAAUGUCUUGGAUUCAGACAUCAAAGUUCAGAAGAUCCAAGCCUACUCGGAUAUAAGCACGGCCGUGGUUUUCUACGUGCAGAAUGGGCAUCCUUCCAAGGUGAUCAAGGCUUCUGACGUCUCCCGGGCUCUGCACGUGCAGCUUUCGAAAGAGAAGGCCGACUUUCUGCUUUUCAAAGUGCUGCGGGUUGACACAGCUGCCUGUCUUUUAAAAUGCUCUGGGCAUGGACACUGUGACCCCAUAACGAAGCGUUGCAUUUGCUACCAGCUGUGGAUGGAAAAUGUGAUUCACAGUUACCUAAAUGAUGGAGAGAGCAAUUGUGAGUGGAGCAUCCUGUAUGUGACUGUGUCUGCUUUUAUUUUGCUUGUGGUCACGGUAGGGCUCGCCUGGUUCUGCAUCUGCUGCUGCAAAAGCAGGAAGAGGACGAAGAUAAGAAAGAAAACCAAAUACACCAUUUUAGAUAACAUAGAUGAGCAGGAGAGAAUGGAACUACGACCCAAGUAUGGUAUAAAACACAGAAGUACAGAACACAAUUCCAGUCUGAUGGUCUCUGAAUCAGAGUUUGACAGUGAUCAGGACACUAUCUUCAGCAGAGAAAAGAUUGAACGAGAGAAUCCUAAAACCCUCAUGAAUGGAUCCAUCAGAAACGGAGUUUCCUUCAACUACAGCUCCAAAGACAGAUAACUGAAUGAGGGUAAAAGCACAGGACACACUGGUCCAACACAUUCCAAAAAGUUGGUCCACCUCUUUGUUUUUUCAAGAAUCAAAAGCUUCCUCAAAUAUCAACUGAUGGCAGAUGAAAGGGUAAAUUUGUAGCACACUGGAGGGAGGGAAAGAGGAUUAGAUGAACAAGUAGCUCCUGUUGUCAGUGCUGUAGGAUCAAGGAAAAUCACAUUGUAUUUCUUGCAUGUUCAGCACUGAAUGUUUGCCUAAACUUCAGAAGGCCUUUACUCCUGCCUUAAAUCAGUGCUCUGCUGCUCCAGGAUUAGCCAGAGCUUUGCUCCGCUACUAACAGUGAUGACUUUGAGAUAUACAUAUAUAUAAAUUGUGUCCUGUGCUAAUACCAAUAUCCCUCUCUCAAAGAAGCAGCGUGAUGAUGAAGGUGACUUGAAACAGCUAAAGCCAGUAUAUGCCAUCCCCUUUGCAUCUGUAGAGAGGAAUAUGUGACUGCAGACUCUGUCAUUCAGCUUUCAAGGCAGGGCACGAGGAGGGAGCGUUUUAGUGCAUUGUGUUUAUCUCCAAGUACGUCGUGUGACUUCCUGUUCUAGGGUAGCAUUCAUCGGAUGGCCAUGUCUGUGUUUUUCAAGGAAGUUUGCAAUUACAUAGUUGUGCCAGUCACCUGUGGACUAACGUGACACGUCUGCUUCCCACAGAAUGCAGUAUUCCCUGCACCUGCGGAGGAAGGUCAGUGUGUGUGGGGAAGUCCAGCCUUAGGUUGCUUCUGCAAUGAUGAAGGUGCUGCUGCUUGCUCUGGAGUCCCUCCGUGUCCAGAAGGUACCAGGUCCGUGGAGGACCUGGUGCGUUGUGCCUUCUGGAAUGGUUGGAGCAGCCUCAGCUGCCUUUUGUACAGAGAGCACUUCCAAGGAAAUCAGGACUUUCUAAGACUGAGGCUUAGCUGAGGUGAGUUUAAAUCUGUCAGCCUCAGCGCUCGAUUAAAGCAGCAGAAUGUGCCAGGCCUUGGCAGAGCAACUGCUUGUGGCAAAGCACCCAGCAUGGAGCAGGAGGUUUCACAUAUUCCUGCCCCACCAUGGGAAUUGGUAGUGAGGAAGAUACCAACUUCAACAUUAAAAUGCCUUUUUCCCCCCUAGUUAUUCACUGGUUAGAUGUGUUAGCCCAGAAGAGAUCCCUUAAGAUGUUUAGAAAGCCUAGGAGUGUUUGGGUGCUGAUGUUGCUGCUCUUGCUCUUGGUCUGGAUAAUUUGGAUCGUUAGGCUCUGAAACCAAGUCCCUAAAGCCACGUCCCUGUUCGAGAGGUCCCAUGCUGCAGACCCAGGUUACGUGUUGGCCUCGCUGCCUGUAGGGGCAUGGGCCCCA